CUUUAGAAGGCUAAGUCAAAGGAUUAGCUGUAGGGUAUAGCGUAAUAAUACCAGUAACAACCCUAUAACAUGCCUAUAUGCCUAUACUAUGUAAGCCUGGUAACAGCAUUCGCAGAAAACGGAAAAAAGCACACGCCCCUUCAAGCUAUAUCCACCUUUCACCUUACAUAACCCGACCGUUAAUACUAAAUGCUAAUAUCAUCGCCAAUACCAACCUCGUCUUGUCUCUUCUCUCGUCGUCAUUGUCAAUUGCGUUUUGGUUUAACCACUAUUCUUCCAAUGUUCUCAUAAUCUAUUUCCUUUCGCUUCUCUCUUUAAUACCGUAUUUAUAUGUCUCUAUAUCGCCCCCCUCUUACGUCUUUGCUCGUACUACCUCUGUUACCUCUAUAUCCUCUGUAUGAUUGCGCUCGUCCUUAAUUCGCGAUGGAAGAUCUCUCAAGGGCUGAGUAUCCAGCUAUGCUGGCAAACCUCCAUCCUAACCAAGCAGUUCAUGCUCUUAACGACCGAGUCAAGCGCAUUUCCAAAGUCAACACCGAGAUCGCCGAUUGGUUACAGGAGCGUCGGAAAGUAGAGGAGCAAUAUGUCCAAGGUUUGAAGAGGUUAACCCAGUUUCGGGUCCCUAAUGCGCAGUCGGAACUUGGGACUUUCCAAGCACAAUGGGACAAGAUCAUCCAAUCCGCCGAUGCUCUUGCUAUGUCGCAUCACAUAUUCGCCACCAAGGUCGAGAAGGAUGUUGAGACACCCCUACGAAGCUUUCACCAGAAGAAAGAGAUGAUGAACCUUCAAACCAUCCAAGGAAACCUUCAGAAUAUGGCCAAGGAGCUAGAAGAUGCCCAAGAGCGGUCCGAUAAGCUAAGUAGGAAGGGCGGCAAAGCCAGCGCCCAGAAGGUAGAACUAGCAGCUGGGAAGCUCGAGUUUGCUACUCAACAAUGGGAAUCCCAGGCGCCAUUUGUUUUCGAAUCUCUGCAGGCCUUAGACGAAAGUCGAAUGAAUCAGUUGCGCGAUUGUCUUACCCAGUAUGGCACGUACGAAGGGGAGCAAGCGCAAAGUCACCAAGCCGAAGCUGAAACGGUACUGAAUAGCUUAUUGGACUAUAGCACUGCGACCGAGAUCCAAAACUUUGUGGCUAAGACGACGGUUGGUCGGCCGAAGAUCGAGAAGCGAACAACUACGGCACGGCAAUCAUCUAGCUUAAGUGGAGGCAAUUCCUCCCUGGCGCCUCCUAGCAUCCAUGCCCCAGCUGCUGACGAUCGUAGCGAACAUUCCGUCUUUAAGGAAGGACAGACGGAAAAUAAGCUGCGCAGUCGCAUCGGCACCAUGCUUGGUCGGAGACGACAAAGCAUACAUGGUGGUUUCGGACCGUUAUCGCCCGCUAAGGGCCCUUUUGGAAGGAACAUCAAAAGUAGUCACGGGGUAUCCCCCAGGGCAUCAUCCAGUAACCUUGGCGAUUCGACAAACAGGCUAGGGUCGCUCGUAGAAGACCCCCUUACGACUGAGACACCUUCCCGAACGUCCGAGACGAAGGAAAAGACCAGUCAUGAUGGCAUGAAUGGUUUAGGCCGUGACGGCUCUACCGAUGUGGCCCCAGCAGGAACAGCAACAUCGCAAGCGUCGCACAUAAAUGGCACGUCAAUCCCUUCUGAUAUCGCAGAUGUGCCCCCUCCGCCAGGGCCCCCGCCAUCUCAAAAAGAACCAGAAAAGGAUUCCGAGGGUUUCAGUGUGCCAGCUCCGUCUAACGAUCCUAUCUCCCAAGCAGAGAGGGAGGCAGCCGCACAAGAAGCUGAGCAGCUGUUCAAGCUCAAUAUCCAGAAAGAGCCCGUGGCUGAGGAGGAUCCGGAAGAAAAGAAAGCAGCGCUCUCAAAUGUCGCCAACAGCCUGUCAGCUAUGGGAAUACCAGCUCGGAAAGGGGGUACUAUCAGAGGCCGAAGGGAUGUACGCAAUACUAUUUACGUUCCUGCUCCCGUCUCUGAAGGGUCUGCAACUGAGUACCAACACCCUUUCCCUCCUUUACACGCCAUAUCGUCGAAACCUGCCGGGGUUGCUACCCUUGCCUCCGAAGCGAGCGUUGCAGGUACAUCGGAUACUCAAUCCGUCCGCUCUGGCAACUCAUUGAGUAGUACUAUUCACGUAAAGCACCCUGACAUGCAUGAGCCAGGCCUUAACUCUUCGGUCAUGGAGACGGUUUCGGCAACGUUCGAAAAUGGUGAAGUUCGGGGUGUGAAGAUUAAUGGCGAGAUUGCUUUCUCAUACAACGCCUCGGAUUUUUUUAAUUUGCCUAUUCAUUUACCUAUUCGAAUCAACAAUUUCGCUACGCUCGACGUUAUUGGUCCUAAUCGUAUAUUUGUCACGAAUGAUACCCCUGAACACCCGGAGCAGUUCACCUUGGAUCUCUCACAUCUUCACAAAACUUCCAUUGGCUUCUCCUAUAGGCUUCACGUAGAUCCAGACGCUACUGCUACAGAACAUGUACCGGUUCUCGUUCACCCUGUAUGGAAGCCGCAGGGAGAUAAAUUAGGACUAUUGCUUCAGUAUAAACUCAACCCGGCUUUCAAACUCGCUGAUGGCGGUUCCAGCGUGCAGGUGCAUAACCUAGUCCUUUUUGCUACAUACGAGGGUAAGGCAUCAGGCGCUCAGACUAAGCCAUCUGGGACACACCUCAAGGAUAAACACCUUGUAUACUGGCGUCUCGGCGAUGUCACUCUGUCUCCCGAUGCAGACUGGCAGAAGAUCGUAUGCAGGAUAAUAGGCGACCAGGGCGUAGAGCCUAAGCCAGGCGCAAUUGAGGCACGGUGGGAGGUCAACCUACCAUCGAGUUUCGUCGAGAGUGCAAGUGCUAUAUCAGUGUCAAAGUUCGAAGAGGGCAAGAGCAAGGAGGUAGAGCUCACCGAAGACGACCCGUUCGCGGACGACACCGCCGCCGUAGAGGAAGGCAAGUGGGUUGACGUGCCUACAGUCAGGAAGUUGGUGAGCGGAAAGUACGAGGCGAGGUAAAUGGAAAUAAAUAAAAGAGAGGUGUGAGGAUACAGAUUCGAAAGAACAGUAGGGAAAUUUUCUGUCUGGACGACGAUGAUGCUCUUUUGUAAAUCAGAUUAGCGGGUUGUCAAAAUUGAAGGUUCCAUUUGUGCAUAUAUGUUUCUAUUAUCUCUCAUUACUCAACAUUUCAGCUUUGUGGAUAUCUUAAAAGGACUUGAUAUCAACCUGUCAUAGGUGAAAUACCUACAGAAGUAUUCUAAUUCAUGGCCAGUUAUAAAAUAUUUUUAUAGUA